AUGACGGUGAGAAAUUAUGUGAAAAAACGAAGUGGCCCUAGUUAUACUCCAAAUGAUUUAGAAAAAGCUGUGAAUGCUGUUAAAAGCGGAAGUCUUACAUAUAAUCAAGCUUUUGAAGAAUUUAAUGUUCCUAAGGCAGUAGUUUUUAACCGUAUAAAAGGAAGAAAAACUCCAAUGUCAUGUACAAAAGCUGGUCGGUCUCGUGUUUUCUCUGAUGAGAUAGAAUUAGUACUUGAAAAAUGUUUAAUAGCUAGAUCAAAAAUGGGUUAUCCAUGCGAUAAAAAUGAAUUUAAAGAAUUAGUUGGACAUUUUAUUAAGCAAAGUAAUUUUAUCACACCAUUUAAAAAUGGUAUUCCUGGAGAUGACUGGUAUUACGGAUUUAUGAAAAGGCAUCCUAAAUUAUCAUUUAAAAAACCUGAACAACUACAAAAAGUAAGAAAAGAUGCUAGAAAGCCAGAAGUAGUAUACGAUUUUUAUGAAAAACUGAUGGAUGUUGUUGUGGCAAAUAAUAUGCAGAAUCGCCCAGAGUUCUUUUUUAAUGCAGAUGAGAGUGGGUUCCACACAGACCCUUCAAAACUAAAAGCAAUUGGUGAAAAAGGACAACCUUUUAAUCGUAUAGUUGGAGGUUCAGGUAGAGAAUCAAUUUCUGUAUUAGCAUGUGUAUCAGCUGAUGGUAAAUAUUUACCACCAUUAAUAGUUUUCAAAGGAUGUGCCGUUCAAGCUCGAUGGACCUCACCUAAAGCCUAUCCAGGAACAUUUUAUGCUGUUAGUAAGAACGGUUGGAUGGAAGAGUCUGUAUUUUUUAACUGGUUUAGUCAGUGUUUUGUUCAUCAUGUACAACAACUUCGUCAAUAUAAUAACAAUGAAAGCCAAACUGCUCUCCUUUUAUUUGAUGGGCAUUGUUCACACAUAAGUAUUAGGAUAUUUUUAGUCAUAUAA